GAAAAGAGACUGUGUGAUGCAGUCAGCGCUGUGCUGUACAUCUACCAGUAAGGUGCUGAAGAAUCUUUUUCAGACGAAAUAUCAACAAAGUUUCUGAAACAUCUUCGAAGAUUAAAAUUUACCAGUACAGAAGAAGCAAUUUUGUGGAAAUACUGUGCCUACAGAUACUGGCGCAAUGGACACACCAGUGGAAAUUUUUAAAGAAGAUAAAUGCUUGUCAGACUUCUCAGAAGACUGUCUUACCAACAACACUUGGCUGUCUGGCUAUUUUGACGUUGACAAUUUCACUCACGAUGAUAACCAGUGGGCAAACCACACCAGGUCUCCAAUUAUUCCAAUUAUUACCGCUGUUUACUCGGUGGUGUUUGUGGUGGGCUUGCUAGGUAACUGCUUGGUCAUGUAUGUUAUUAUCAGAUAUACAAAGAUGAAAACGGCUACAAACAUCUACAUUUUUAAUUUAGCUGUGGCUGAUGCUCUUGUUACCACGACAAUGCCCUUUCAGAGUACGGACUACUUGUUAGGUACAUGGCCUUUUGGGGAAGUAGUCUGCAAAAUAUUUAUUUCAAUAGAUUACUAUAACAUGUUCACCAGCAUCUUCACAUUGACCAUGAUGAGUGUUGACCGGUACAUUGCUGUUUGCCACCCUGUAAAGGCCCUUGAUUUUCGCACACCGGUAAAGGCCAAGAUAAUUAACAUUUGUAUCUGGAUACUCUCAUCAGCAGCUGGUAUACCUGCACUGAUCCUGGGAAGCACAGAAACUAAUCAUGGUACCACAGAAUGUGCUUUGCAGUUCCCAGAACCGUAUGUGUACUGGGACACCCUCAUGAAAAUCUGUGUUUUCAUUUUUGCAUUCGUUGUGCCAGUUCUCAUCAUUACAGUGUGCUACACCUUAAUGAUCCUGCGCCUGAAGAGUGUCCGACUCCUGUCUGGCUCCAGGGAGAAGGACCGAAACUUGCGUCGCAUCACAAAGCUCGUGUUAGUGGUGGUGGCUGUUUUCAUCAUCUGUUGGACUCCCAUACACAUUUUCAUUUUGGUCAAGGCGUUAACAAAUGUUCCUGAAACCACGUCCUUGAUGGCAGCCUAUUUUUUCUGUGUAGCACUUGGCUACACCAACAGCAGCCUGAACCCCAUUCUUUACGCAUUUUUGGAUGAAAACUUCAAAAGAUGUUUUAAAGACUUCUGCAUCCCUUCAAAGCUAAAAACAGACCGCCAGAGUGCCAGCAGGGUGAAGAGUACUGUCCACAAUCCAACUUAUCACCAGGAAAAUGCUGAUGGAACCAGGAAACCAGUAUGACUAGCAGUGGAAAUGUCCUCUUUCUCCCCUCACAGAAGAGAAGAUUCACAUGAUCUAGGACUAACUCAGAUAACUUCUGCACUCUAAAUGAUUCGAGUAGUAUUCCCUACUGUUCACCGAGAAUAAACCACGCUUGUCAAAAUUAACAUAAAAAAGUUGAUAAAAAGUGUUAAUCGAAAAAAGAAUUCAAUUCAAUUCAAUUAAAUUACAUUAAAUUAAAUGUUUUUUGCUAUGCCAAGAUCAGUUUCCGAAUGUUGCAAAGCUAUACAGAAUGUUGUUAUUUGACCCUUUAAUUCCAAUAAAUACUGUAUGUAUUUAUGUUCUCAUGGCUGCACACAAACCAUGUGGACACAAUAGAUGAAUUUGAUACUCCUGCUAUUGAAGUUCAAUCUGACGUCUUUAAUAUAUCUGAAUUGAAUAUAAUAUUUUUAUUACAACUGUUUAUACCACUACAGUCUAAGGUCUUUAACCACUUUGGCUAGGUAUAUUUCAUGGUACCCUGUUUUAGUGGACUCAUUGUUGAAGAACUAUUUUUCUCAAGAAAGUGCCAGAGGGCGGGACAGAUACAACACAAAAUACUUGACUUCUAUUUCCCCAAGUAUCUGUCGAGAGUUGAUCUACUAUUUCGAUUUUUGGAUUGAUCGUGAGCACAGUGGGAAAUGGAUGGCACUGUUAUAAAAUGCACAAUUGAAAUGUCUUCUCACUCCUGUUACCAUAUACCAUCCCAUCAAGAAUGAAGAACAAUGGCCUGACCUCCACUAACACUAGUUGAUUUUCCUCCCUAACCCUUGAGAGUACAGACAAAUCUCUCCAAACUCAGCACAACCAGGAUUUGAAGCUGCAAGCUCAUGAUCACAUAACUCAUCUUGUACUCCAAACAGCAGUGCCUUUAUUAGGUGACCCCUGGGUCUUAGGUACAGCAAGUUAUAUUCUUCAUGUUAUUCAGACAUUUUACUGUUAGUAUCCUAAUUAAUAACAAGGGUUUUUAGUAAAAAGAAGCCACAAUUAAAAUCCUUAUUGACGACUCAAUUUUUCUUGCCAAAAACAAAUUCUUAUCUUUUAAGCAACUCUAUUGCAAGAACAUAUAUUUGUAGUGUGCCAAACUAAAGUUUACUAAGUUAUCAUUUUCCUAUUCCAGGGUCUCCUCACUGCACAGAAUAUUAUAUUUUAACUUUGUUUUUAAAAUCUUGGCGUGCAACUGAAUGUGAUUGUUGAUGGCCCCUUUUUGUUUUUAUCAUUCAUAGAAUAUCGUAUAGGGUGCUGUGUGAUACAAGCUGAUAUUCAUUUCAAGAAGUCAAAGUGGCUACCCAGAGUGGCUUUGCCCUAACCUUAGGUGGGUAAAAAUCUUACUAUAUAUUACUUUAUAAUAAAAACAGUAUAGCUUAUUUUAAUGUGAGAUCAUGUCCAUCUGAUACAAGCUACAUUGUCUGAAGAAAAUGAAUUUCAGAAUGUAGUAUCACAUCAAUACCAGGGUUUACUAUAAAGUAUAUUCUCAUUGUAUUCUGGCACUUCAGCCUUUUCUAAAACUCACUUUUUAUAGGAAUUAAGGAAGAAAAUACCAAUAUUCAUAAUUCCACUUUAUUUAUCAGUUUAAUAUAAUUUAUUUUAUUUAGUCUGUUUGAUAUAUUGAGAUUGAGAUUUGACUGUGGGCUAAUUUAUCUGUUAUUUCUCUAAUAUUAUUUAAUAGAAAUGUUCGACCUAUAAAUGUCGAGGGCCUGCAAUUCACUAAUGAAGUAUUGAAUAAUUCAUUUCUACUGUACAGAAAUCAAAUGACAUACUUAAAUGCAGCAUUUUUAGUCUGUAUUUUCAAGUUAAUGUGGUCUUUUAUUCGUGGACAAUUGUUAAUUAUCUGUUAGCUAAGUCAUAACGUCUUAGGCCACAAGUGUCCUUUUCAAUAUGUCCAGGACUCUAUAUGCCUUCUGUUAGAAUUUAAACACAAAUAUUGCCAAAGAGAAAAUAAGAAAUGUAUUAUAUAACCAUAUACAUACAACACAUAAUGUGUACAGAAAACUAAGAGUGCAGAGAUGCAUACUAUGCUGCAAGUGGCAUCAGACCUCAGAAUUUAUUGCAUUGUCUGUUAUUGAUAUUAAUCAAAUUUCAUGCAUUUCAUUGAUUUGUUUGAUUAUUUAGUAGUACACAUAUUAUAAUUUUGAGAAUAGCUGAAUUAAACCAGAAACAAAUCAAAUCAAACAAAUGUAUAUUGUUUUGUGCAGUGGUUAAUUAAUUUGUGAUGUAAUUUACUAAUGGUUAUCAGUAUCACUGUGUUUGUUGCCGUGUAGAAUGAAUAGUAUAAUAACAUUAUGCUUUACUGUGUUAAAAUCCUGGACUAGAAUUUUAAACUGAAUUUGACAGAGGGCUUUAAAACUCAUUUGACUAUAUAAUAUGUUUAUUGAGUUUAGUUUUAAAAAUGACAUUAACUGCACAGUAACAUUUUUAGGCGUAUUUGUAAAGCACAUUUCAAGCUUGAUGCAGCUUUUAGGAAAUAUCUACAAACAGAUGCUGUAUACAGAAAUUAAAACAGUCACACUGUAUUUUAAACAACAAAUUCCAGUAAUUACCUGCAAUUCUCUGUUACAUAUUAAUAACUAAUAAUUAUUAUUAAUAAUAAUAUUAAUGGAAUAUAUACCACAUACACUUCUGCUUGCCUCAGCUAAUAAAACUUUCUAUAGCUGAAAGUAAUUGUAUUUUAUUAUGUGUUUGAAAUGAUAUUAUUUUGUUUUCUACAAAAUAAUAAACCACAAAAUAGUUACCUUUAAAUGUACAUAUAAAUGAGAAAUACAAAGGUGUAUAUUUGUUUAUGCUGCUCUUGAUUUUGUGUAACAGCUCUGGGAUGAGAUUUUUUUUUUUUCACUUGAGUUUCUUAAGCAAGUGAAUAUGUGAGAGUUUAGUGACUAACCAGUUUUCUCUUGUUACCGCUGUACAUUUUGAAUAUCCUGUAACUCUGUGUACUUGCAUUAGAUUGUAAAUUAUGAAAAUGUACAAUCAACGAUGUUCUCCAAAUAAUGCUUACUACGUCUUGUUUAGGCACAACGUCUAUCUGUUUGCCCACUAGAACAUCCUUAUGCUGUAGCUGCUGUUAUAAAUUGUUUUAAAAAAAUGUAAAAUGUAAAUAUUCUCUAUUGGUCUGAAUGUUAUGUUCUGAUUACGUAAUCUAUAAACAAUAAUAACAAAAAAAAUAGCACCUAUGGUAGAUGAUCUAUAAUUUCUUUAUGAUUCUUUUUAUGAUUACUGUAGCGUGUUUGUUGGGCUUUUGUUAAAUGGAUUUAUCUAUUAAAUAUAUAUUAUUAGAUUAAAA